AUCCUCCUGUCCGCCGUGCAGCACUCAGUCCCCUCUCAGCACCGCAGCAGCCCCACAAUCAUUCACGCAUUUCGUCAAUUAGUAGCCUUCACAUCCCGCAAUGUCGGCCGCCAGCACUGAGACCAGCGCCCCGCUGCCCACCGCCGCAAGCCGGGUCUUCUUCCAAGCUGCGAACGGCGUGGCCUGCGUGGGGACCGGCCCCAUCACCGGAGACGACCCGGUGCAGAAGAGACAGGGCAAAGUGACGGUCAAGUACGACAGGAAAGAGCUGCGGAAAAGACUCGUGCUGGAGGAGUGGAUCAUCGAGCAGCUCAGCGAGUUGUACGACUGCGAGGAGGAAGAGAUGCCCGAGGUAGAGAUAGACAUAGACGACCUGCUGGAGGUCACCAGUGAUGACGAGAGGGCCAGCAAACUGCAGGAAUCACUAACAGACUGCUACAAACCAACAGAGGACUUUGUCCGUGAGCUGCUGGGCAGGAUAAGGGGAAUGCGAAAACUCAGUGCGCCGUCCAAGAAGGGCCUAUAAUAGCUGCAAUGUCCACCAUCAAUCAACCACUACGUCAUCUCAGCCACCUACUUAACCCACCCAACAUGGACUCUCAUCAUGAAGAAUAACUUAUCUAAACAUUACAGCAUUAGUAACUAUUCUGCAACCUGCAAACAUGCAUCAUGAACUCCAUGCAUUUAGCACUAUUCAUCCAUUUCACAGCCACAUAGAAUAACAAGGUGUAUUAUAAUAAUAUUUUGACUGUUGAAAGGUACUUAAGCAAAAUGGAGCCAACAUGGUUCAAAAGCAAACAGCCACAAUAAAAAGGUCAAGCCCUGGAACGUGCCAGACAGAACUGCAACUGUGCUUUAACGCCACCUAAUGCCCCAUUUCAGAGCCAUGUUACAAGCUGACGCUGUAAUCGCAACAGCCAUACAGACUUGAACACAAAGAAAUGUCAAAAAGGGAGGUGGUGGAAACAUGUUUGUACUGCAGUAGGUGUGAAAUUAGCUGUAGCACUCUGUAAACACAGUGCUUCAUGGUUUUCCUCUUUUUUUACUGAGGUAUUUUGCUGUUACUUCUUUUUACAAACUGUACUGUUUGUUGCCAUUUACUGUUACAUGUGAUUGAAAUGUGGUUUUCAAGCGUUUUUGUGCUACUUUGAAGUCAACCCUCCUCAUCCUCACUCUGCUUUCAAACGUAAGGGAGCUCUGUAGUUUUAUUUUAAGCACAAGGCGUAAAUACAUCAGUCGUGUCCUUUUUUUGACGUGUUGACUCUGGGAGUAGUGGGGACGUUUUAGCAAACAAGACGAUGAUAGUGGAAGAGUUUUGCUUUCUACCCACUGUUCUUGUACACUUUUCAUCACAGCAAGGCAUGAUGGGUGUUGCAGUUCUCUGCAUGAGACUACAAAACCUGUAUGAUUGGCAGCCGUUCACUAACCAUGUUAUCCAUCGUAUCCCAUUGCUCCCCUUCGCCAGGAUACAUAUCUGCAAAUCUGUAAUUUAGGUUAAAGCACAAAGUCCAAACUUUGUAUUUUGUCUCCCCACACUCUGAUUCACAUCACUCUGCUUACUCACCUCUCUGCCAGUGGUUGAUGUUGCCUUUAAGGAUAUUCAGGAUCAGAUCACACUACUCUCAGCACUGAACCUUAACUACUGACAACCUAACGGCAAAUCUAGUUGAGCCAGGAUCCGAUGACAAUUUGAAACAGUCACACCGAUAUCUGUCACAUCCUGUACGGAGGAGGUGUGCCAAAUUGGGAGUAUUACAUCCUAAAUGUCAUACGUCAUGGAGGCAUUAGUGUGACACAGCAUUUCCACAGAAACUAUUUCAGUUUUUGAAACAUCAGAAUUUAAAUAAAAUGUUACAGACCUCUCCAGGUUGCAGAGAAUAUGUUUUGAUUGCAUAAUCCCAGGAGGGUUAAGUGGCGGAUUAAGUUAUUUAUUGUUCGGUGCACCAAUACACUCAAAAACAACCUGUAAGCUCUGGUACAAUCAUGACUCUUGUUCUGGGGUUGGGCCCAGUUUCAAUUUCGUGCAGUCUCUUGUGAACCAACCGGAAUGGAGCAGUCCAAAACCUGCCAUGUGAUCUAAACCCUCAGCUGCCAAAGACAAAAGCAGGGCAAUGUUUGGUUUUAACACAACACUUGCAAAAAGCACCCGUCUUGCAUGCUUACAACAGAGAAAAAACACUGAUAAAGACUAUAGAUAUUAUGAAUUAUAAUCAAGCAAAAAAAUACUUUUUUGAGCUAGCCACCACGUCUGACUUUGUAGAACUUUUUGUGUUGAAGCAACGUGACACUCACGUUGGAGAGAAUCCAGGAAAAUUUAUAAAAUGGUGCUGUUUUUGAUGUUCUUCCCAGGUAUUGGUUGUAUGAAACACAUGUCCAGUGUCGGGUGAUGCCAGAGAAAUAAGUCCACAGGAUGUAUAAGUCUAUGUAGAAAGGUUGCAUACAGUCUAAAGUGGCAUCCUCUUUUCAUUAGCUUUCCUCAGUUUGAACCCAGUGAAUGUGCGUUUUACAUUCAGCUAGUAGAGGAUGAUUUGUGCGAUAGAGAUCCAGAUUGAUGCAUUGGAAGGAAAAAGCUAAAAGUGGAAGCCAUUAAAGGCAACUGGGAUGCAUCCAUGAUUUGUGUUGAGGUACGCCAUAAUAUUCUCUCUGUAAAGAAACAGUUCAGGGGCAAUAGGCUGAUAUUUUUUAAGUUAUGGGAUUUCAUGUGAAGAGUAUUUUGAAAGUGUCCAAACUAGAGAGCUUUAUGUUUGCAUGUAUUUUUAAAAAUUGCAUGUAGAGGGGAACAUUUUGUUGGCCCAAUGAUUUUUAUUUCACAAAAUAAAACACUUUCCUUUUUAUACCUUUUAUUAUUAUUAUUCAAAUUAUUAUUAUUAAGACUUAAAUAUUCUGUUUUUCAGCUGCAGUUUUGUUUUCUGUACAUCCACAAUAAGCGUUCUUGUUUUUAAAAUGUAAUGUGGUGUGUGGUUUGUUUUUGCUGAUAAUAAAAAUGCAGAAGGACUCUGUACUGUUU